UGGUAAUUGAAGGAAGGCCGAGGACGGUCCGGCGGCUGUGAGAGGAUCGUGGAAUCCGUGAGGAGAACCGCUUGCGCUUUCUCGUUUGUGACCUGCAGAUGGCCAGCAGUCCAGGAAGUGAUGCAGCUUUCUCCAGUCAGAAAUCAACGCUUUCAGAGAGUCCUCAAUCAAAGAAAUUUCCACUAACUGAAGAGGAGAUAUUUUAUAUGAAUUGUAGAGCUGCCUAUUUAACUGUUUUCAAAAGCAGCUUAGAUAACAUUAUUUCUAAAGAUCAACUUUACUUAGCUCUUCAGCAUGCAGGAAGAAAUCCAUCUCAAAAGACCAUUAAUAAGUAUUGGACUCCUCAAACUGCCAAACUGAAUUUUGAUGAUUUCUGUAUAAUUUUAAGAAAGGAAAAACCUACUUCAAAAGCAGAAUUACUAAAAUCAUUUAAACAAUUAGAUGUAAAUGAUGAUGGCUCUAUUUUACACACUGACCUUUAUAAACUUCUAACAAAGAGAGGUGAGAAGAUGACUCGAGAAGAAGUAAAUGCCAUAGUAACUUUGGCUGAUGUAAAUGCUGAUGGCAAAUUUGACUACAUCAAGUUUUGUAAAUUAUAUAUGACAACCAAUGAACAAUGUCUCAAAACUACUCUAGAAAAACUGGAGGUUGACAGUAAACUGAGGCGUCAGCAGUUUGGAAGUCACAUUGAAGAGCGCCCUGAAAGGGACCCAUCACCAAUACCAAAACCAUCGCCUAGAACCCUAAAAAAAACUGAUCAGGAAUCAUUCCCAAAUAAAGGUGACACCAGGAGUUCUUUACUGGCAACAGCUAGAAAGUUCAAAACAUCUGUUUCUUUCACGAUUACCAUGAGUGCUAUUAGUAACCGAAAUUCAAAGUUAACUGAACCAAACUCAAUAAAGGAGUGGCAAUGUGUGCAUUCAAAAGGUUGCUUUUUCUUGGAAGAAGAUGGUGAAAUCAUUAGUCAUCAAUACAAGAUGCAAAUAACUCAGAGAUCCAUGGUUUACCUAACAAUUAAGCCAUUAAACCUGAGUCAAGCUGAAGGAAAACCAUCCCCUUGGUUAUCAGUUGAUACUGUCUUGUAUAUUCUUAAGGAAAAUGAGAGUCAAGCAAAUCUACAGCUCACAUGUUUUACUGAACUACGAAAUAGAGAAGUGUUUGGGUGGACUGGUGAACUAGGACCUGGAAUUUACUGGUUAAUUCCUUCCACAACUGGCUGUAGGCUAAGGAGAGAAAUAAAACCAAUAGCAGAAGAAGCCCAACUUGUGUAUAGAGAUGAAACAGGGGAAUUAUUUCUUACAAAGGAAUUUAGGUCAACUUUAUCAGAUAUAUUUGAAGUAAUUGAUUUAGAUGGAAAUGGUCUUCUUAGCCUUGAAGAAUAUAAUUUUUUUGAAUUGAGAACAAGUGGUGAGAAAUGUGAUGAAGAUGCUUGGGCUGUCUGCAGAGAAAAUUUUGAUACAAAGAAGAAUGAACUAACAAGGCAGGGCUUUAUGGAUCUGAACCUAAUGGAAGCCAACGAUCGUGAGGGAGAUCCUCGUGAUCUUUGGGUAACUCUACACUCGAUGGGCUACAAUAAAGCUCUGGAACUGACAGAGGCAUGCCCAUUUGUCAUCAAUAUCUAUGCAGAUAAAUGCAAACCAAGAAUUAAAGCUGUCCAUAUGCAGGCAUGCAGUGGGCAACUUGAGAAGGCCAUUUGUAAAUCUGUUCUUAACAAAGGCGAUGCCAAAGUAAUAGAUGGCUAUGAAAAUAUAAUUGUACAUACCUAUAAGCAUGACACCUGGAUAACAUCAGUUUUUGAAAACAAGUCAGAUAAUAAAGUGAUUAUUCACGUCAACAAUGAGCUAAGUAAAAACUGCGUAAACAACAGAGGACUCAACAUAUUUGCAGUAGAAGUGGCACCAAAAUCUACAAUGGUUUGUCAACAUGUAAUGCCUCUGAAUGAACGACAAGAAUGGAUAUAUUAUUGUGUGUAUUCCCUUAUAUCUUAAACACUGUUUUUAGGAAAUAAUUUUGCUUGAGAUUAUCAAACUAAGAUGAAUUAUUUCAAAGUUUAGUGUGUUAUUUGUUGAUCAACUAAAUGCUAAUCAAUUUAACUGAUAUACAUAAAUAAUCGUCUUUAACUUAUAUGCAUUUACAUUUCAUGUCCAUAUUAUAUCCUUUAUUAUUAAAAUAGAAAUAAUUUUUUAAUGUGUGGUUCUUACUAAUAUAAUAGGAAAUCUGGACACAUUUCAUUUAUGACUGGUAAGUUAAAUUACAGGUAAGCUUUUAAAAAGUAAUACUCAAAUGAAUUCUAUAAAAUCCUAUACACUUUUGAUUUAUUCAUCAAAAAAAAAAACCCUGAAAUAAAAAGUAAAUAGGCCAGCUGCACCAAGUGCCUUGUGCUUUAUCCCUGUGCUAUGGCCUGGCCAGGAGCCCAGUGGAUCCCAAACUGCCUCCUCAGUGGUGUAGUCACAGGCAUGUGGCUGUGGGAGGACCAGGGGACCUCUGCGUCCCCUUAUCCUUCCUGCUGCUGCUGUGGUUGGUGAUGUGCAGCUCCUUCAGUGCCUGCCUCUUCGCCAGCAGCCUCUGCACCUCUUCAGCCUUGCUCAUGUGCCCUGCGCAGGGCUCUGCUGGUGCUCAAGCCCCAGGGCCGAGUUCCUGCCGGUGCCCGGCAGCGGCGGUCAUGGUACCGCUGAGAACAAUUGGACGCUGAGUUUACUUCUGAUGAGAUUCCUGUCUUAAUGCACAUGUAGCUACAACGACUGAUAGGACUGGUUGAUGUGUGAUUUGACAUUUGAACAAAUUAGACAGCUUAAUCCUGCAGCAGAUUACAGAUUCAGGACUAAUUUCCCUGAUGAGAAGAUCCCUACGCUGAGGGAAACUGGGGCAGAGUGCCUGAACCAUAACCUCAGAAUCUUCUUUGAUGUCAAAGGCCGUGCAAAUAUGGCUACUGAUGAUCUAAAGAAAAAUCUAUAUGGAGUUUCUGCAACUUUACAGUAACAGUGUUAUUUGCUCUCUCUUGCCAGCAGUCAUCUAUAAGAUGAGACAGACAAGUAGUAAUGGCUUUAACUCACAGACUCCGGAGCCUUAGCCAUGCGGGGGAUGGGACUGUGACACUCUGGACACAGCCCUUGUUUGUGGUAGUGGGCAUUUUGUUUGAAGUAGUGGGCAUUUUGUUUGCUUGGAGCAUACAUAAUAUCUUGUGAUACCUAUGUGGAAUUCUAGCUUUCCUCACGCAAAAGAAUUUUGUAUCCUCUUGAAGAAGUAGCCAACUAAAAAGCAUUCAGGUUGUUGCCUGGACUGUUAAUACCUUUGAUGAGAAAAAGUUACUAUGAAUUUCAUCUUGGUUCCAGCUCUGUCACCGACAGCAUGUUGGUGCGAGUCUCAGUUCUAGACACUACCCCAGCCUCCUGCCCAAGGAAACAU